AUGAAGACAGCCAGUGUCUCUGGAUGUCUUGGGAGUGACACCCCCAUUAAACUCGGCAAUCCAAGAUUGCUACAGAAGAGAGCUCUGAGCUUCCAGAAAGAAUUCUCCUUCGACGAAAAAGACGACCCAGCCAAAAGCAGCAAGGAUAUAGAUGUUAGUCUCUUGGCCAAUCUCCCCAAAGUCUCUGAGUUGAGGAAACGAUUUGAAGGCAUUACCACAAGCUCAAGUGACUGGGAAAUGAACAGAAAGGAGCGCAUUGCUCGACGGUUGGAGGGUAUAGAGGGCGAGGUGCAUCCAUCUUUGCUACCUAGCUUGGUGGCCAACCGGCUUCUGGAGGAGGAUACACCACGAUACACUAGGGCCUCUGACCCCUUUGAGCCCUGUGGUGUCACAGUCCAGCGGUAUGGCAUGGAAGAAUUUGAAAGCCCAGAAAUGCAGAUGACUGCUCCAGAGCGACAGUCCAGAGCUCGUUGCAGACCCGACCCUCAGUCCGCUAUUCACACAGAGCCAGUCUACCGUUCAGUGUCCACCACCAGUGCCCCAGAGCUAGAGUCCAAGGCUGAACGAAUCGCCCGCUACAAGGCGGAGCGUCGCCGGCAGCUAGCUGAGCGCUAUGGCAUCUCUUUGGAUCAUGAGCCCGAUGUGGAUAAUCCUUCGCGCUACACUCGGACCCAGAAAGAGUUUGAAGGCUCAGAGAGAAGAAGUAGAGGGGAGUCAGUUGGGGAGGAUGGGAGAGACAUCACUCUGAGUUCCUACAACAGCACUUCUGCCACUAGUUCAAGGCCAGGACGCACAAUGCCCCAACACGGCCAACCUGACCCUGGCUACGAGAUGGGUCGAACUAGAGUGGACUCAUUCUCAGAGAGAGAGAGGCUGAUGAACCUGGAGAAUCAACGCAGGGCUGCUCCUCCUGAGCUGCCACCCUCUUCCUCAUACAUGGAUGUGACAUCAUUGUCCUCUACUGCCAGGGUGCCUGCUAAGGACUAUUCAGUCACAGGGGUGCCACCCAGUUCACCAAAGAUGAGCAGGCAUGCUUCCCUCUCCUCACCUAAACAUGGUGUGUCUCCUGGGGACCUCUUCAUCGAGCAGCAGGCUCACAACAUCCUCAGCAGACAGGGUGCGAGGGCGAAACUGAACACUGAUUGGUUCCUCCAGACUGAUGCUGAGGGCGACACCCACUCUCUCAUCAACUGGCCGUCGAGAAUCAGAGUUAGGGAGAGGCUUGUGAGAGAAGAAGGUCGCCAGAGGAGCCCAGAGCUGGGAAACGUUACAGAAGCCCCGUUGUACCGCAGACAAUUUCAACACCAGUCCCAGCCUUCUACACACUACCACUCAGAGCCACCGAGCCCCCAGCAGGUCUACUCCCACCACCAACCCCACCAUCACCCCCAGGCUCAGCUCACCCGAUCUGGACUGCAAGGAGGCCAAGAAGGCAGUGGAUACCCCAGUUACCUAUCCAUGGCUUCUGGUGCUCCAUCCAGAGGUGUUGCUCCACAACAGCAGGAGGAAGAGAUUGAGGAGCCGGAGGGCGUUAAGACCGAGGGCCUUCUGAAGAGUAGGAAAGCAGUGCUGCCUUCAGAGAUCCGCCGCAGGGAGAGGAGCACUGAAGAUCCACGGAGAGGAAGGAUGGAAGAGGAGCUGGGGAUGUCCAGGGUGCAGGCUGAGAUAGAAGAUCCUCCAAGAAGACGGAGAGGUAGGUGGGAGGAACCAGAACACACCACCCAUCUGCAAGAAGUGGAGAGCAGGCCCAGAGAGCGGGAUAAUGCCAUUUAUAUCCAGAAAGGGGUGACCACCAGCCAAAUCCAACCCAGAGCAACGCAUGCAGGCCCAGAAAGCUCCACCUCCAGCACAGCGUUCAAUCGCUCUUUAUCAGAAGUCGGAGGUCCACGAGCCCCAACUCAGAGGAACCUGCACCACCAGACCCAGGAUCCCCGGGAGGUCAGGGAGCGCGAAGGCUUCAGUAAUGGAGAGAGUCACCAGGACACCCGAAUGUCUGUGGCCCAGCUCAGACAUUCCUACAUGGAGAGCACCACCACCCCUCCAACCAACCGCAGGAACGAGCUUGAGGUGGAGGAGGGCAACAGGGCACUUGCAGGCUACGAGGCCCCGUGGAGAGGGGAGAGGGACAGGGGGCGUAGACCCCGACAGUAUAUCUAUCCAGGGGAGAAUAGAAAGACCUCAGAGAGGUUUAGGACACAGCCCAUCACUUCUGCUGAGCGCCAGGAGACUGAUAGGUCCUGUGUGAGUUCAGAGUUUGCUGCCACAGAAGCUGAUGAAGAGAAGCUAGAUGACCGGGCCAAGCUGAGCGUGGCAGCCAAGCGCUCUCUCUUUAGGGAGCUAGAGAAGAACGUUGAUGGUGGAGCUCCUAAACCAAGAUCAAGGAAUGCAGCGGUGGACAGGAGACUAAGGCGUACACAAGACCGAUCCAGAACUCAGCCAGUCACCACUGAAGAGGUUGUCAUCGCCGCCACCCUGCAGGCAUCCUCGCAGCAGAGCGCCGCCGCCCGGGAGCAGGCGCGGGAGGCCAGGCAGAUGCAGGAAACCAAGGAGGCUCAAGCCAUCAAGGAGGCUCAAGCCAUCAAGGAGGCUCAAAGCUCCAAGCAGGCGUCCAAAAUGGAAGAAAAAGACCAGAGUCAGAGUCCGUCUCAGGACGAGCCCGACCUCUGCACCCUCAGCCUGGCAGAAAAGAUGGCACUGUUCAACCGGCUGGCUCAGCCUCCCUCCAGGGUUACCCGCACCAGAGGGGACACACGCCAGCGCAGGGCCAACGCUCGCUACCAGACGCAACCCAUCACACUGGGUGAUAUGGAGCAGCUUCAAAACGGUGCAGGCUCUCGUUACGGACACCUCCCUUCUUCAUCAUCAUCCUCCUCCGCUCUGAGACCAGGAGGCACCGUUUCCACCGACCACGCCGGAGACAUCCACAUACCCCGAGGUGCCACCCGGGUCGAGGCCAACCCUCCCAGCUCUGACAGGCCUCUGCCCACUUGCCAACCGGACGGCCCGGCCCGGAGGUCCCAGGAGUCAGCUGACCAGCAGAGGCAUCCUUACCAGGCUGAAGAAGCUGCUGAUCUGGGAGGAGGCAAGAGGAAGCUGCCUUCUCCUGAGGGGGCGGUCAGGCAGGCAACUCUGCCCCAGCCCCAGUCUGGAAGAGAGAGGAGGGAGGAGGAGGAGGAGUUGGUGGGGGUGGUGGAGGAGGUGGAGCAGUGGCUGGCCAGACAGAGGGGAGACAGAGCUUUACAGAGCUCAGAGAGCCACAUGUUACAGGAGAGGCAGGAGCAGAGGGGGUAUCAGAGGGAGGAAGCACACUACCCAGCCAGGGUCAUCAGUGGAGAGCCGCUGGAGCCCACUGUGGUGACACCCAGAGCACCGUCUGGUUCACCCAGGAGUCAACCUCCGGCAGCGGACACUUACCCAGACGACGGUGAACACACAACCGACCUGUUCCAGCCUGACUUUGACGACGAUCUGAGCGACAUGAUGAGUGCCAGACACAUGUCCAUCAGAGACAGGGUGGCCUUGUUAAAGAAGAGCGGCGAGCAGGACUGGAGGAACAGGAUCAAUAAGAAACAGGAUGUGGUGAAGGCUGCUGUGGACGAGCAGCACGCUCAGCUGUGGGAAGUGGAGCAGAGCUUCAAGAAGAAGGCCACCAGAUCUCCCAGACCCAUGCAGGUGGAUGAGAGACACCCCUGGAGACGGAAGAGGAUUGCUGAUGCUGAGAUGGAGUGUCAGCAGGCCGAGUCUCACAUGUCCAUCCAGGAGAGGAAACAGCAGAUAGUAGCCCAGGAAGAGGCCUGGAAGAGUAAAGGCCACGGAGCCGCCAACGACUCCACCCAGUUCACUGUGGCUGCGCGCAUGGUGAAGAAAGGUUUGGCUUCCCCCACUGCCCUGCAGUCUCCAGUUCAGUCCAAAUCUAAAACCAGCUGCCCUGCCAUCUCUAAACCACAUGAAGAGAUCAAGGCCAUACCAGAUCUGAACCUGGAGUCAGACAUGAAGCUGGAUAAACUGGAGUCAUUCCUGGGCAAGCUCAACAGUAAAGUUUCUGGACUGCCAGAAUCUACUAUCACAGUGACAGAGAAGAAGGUAAAGGAAGUGAUGAGCCUCGAAGAUGAAACCUUUUCCAAGUUCUACCGCCAAGUGGAGGACCUGCCCACCAUCACCAACAAGGUGGAGAUAGACGACAACUUUGACGCCAUCUUCGGCACUCAGGUGGAAAAGCUGACAUCAGACAUGGUGCAGCACAAGCGAGCGGUGCGUCCGACGCGUAACGUCCAGGCGUCCAGGAACCCUCUGAAGAUGUUGGCUGCCAGAGAGGACAUCAGACACGAGUACACAGAGCAGAGGCUCAACAUCGGCCUGCUGGAGAGCAAGAGGAUGAAGGCAGAGAAGAUGAAUAAGAACUCUGGUUUCUCUGAGGUGGCUCUGGCCGGUCUUGCCAGCAAGGAGAACUUCAGCAACGUCAACCUGCGCAGCGUCAACAUCUCGGAGCACAUGUCCAACAACAGCGCCGUGCCUUACAAGAAACUCAUGCUCUUGCAGGUCAAAGGCCGUCGCCACGUCCAGACCAGGCUGGUGGAGCCCAGAGCGUCCUCCCUGAACAGCGGCGACUGUUUUCUGCUCAUCACUCCUCACUUCUGCUUCAUCUGGACCGGAGAGUUCGCCAACGUCAUCGAGAAGAACAAGGCUUCAGAGUUGGCCAACUUUAUCCAGAGCAAGAGAGAUUUGGGAUGUCGUUCUAACUACGUCCAGACUAUCGAGGAGGCCAUCAACUCGCACAACCACGCCUCCAAAGAGUUCUGGAAGAUCCUGGGAGGCCAGACAAGUUAUCAACCGGCAGGAACUCCAGAUGAAGACGAGCUGUACGAGGGCGCCAUAGUGGAGACGAACUGCAUCUACCGUCUGGUGGAGGACAAACUGGUUCCAGAUGAUGAUUUUUGGGCCAAGAUGCCCCGCUGCUCUCUGCUCAACCCAAAAGAGGUUUUGGUUUUCGACUUUGGCAGUGAGAUGUAUAUAUGGCACGGGAAGGAAGUGACACUGGCUCAGAGGAAGGUGGCUUUCCAGCUGGCGAAGCACCUGUGGAACGGCACCUUCGACUACACCAACUGUGACAUCAACCCGCUCGACCCAGGAGAGUGCAACCCGCUCAUUCCUAAGAAAGGUCAGGGUCGUCCUGACUGGGCAGUGUUCGGCAGACUGACUCAACACAAUGAAACCACCCUGUUCAAAGAGAAGUUUGUGGACUGGAGCGACUCCAGGAAAACACCCAGCCCCACAAAAUACAUCAACGACCACGUCACAGAUCAGAAGGAGCAGUCCACGUCUGAUCAGCCACGUGCGUACGACGCCUCCCUGAUGCUGCCCCUCCAUGGAGCGCCAGUGGGCACCAAACUGGACGGCUUCAACGUGGGCCGGGGUUACGGCCUGGUGGAGGGGGAAGAGUGGCGGAGCUACGAGGUCAGCACCCUGGGGGUGGAGGUGUGGCACAUCCUGGAGUUUGAUUACAGCCGCCUGCCGCGCCAGAGCAUCGGCCAGUUCCAUGAGGGCGACACCUACGUGGUGAAGUGGAAGUACAUGGUCAGCACUGCAGUUGGGAGGAGACAGAACCCGGAGCAGCUGAAGACAGCGGGGCCUGGGAAGGAGAAGUGCUGCUACUUCUUCUGGCAGGGCCGCAACGCCACCGUCAGCGAGAAAGGGACAUCGGCACUGAUGACGGUGGAGCUGGAUGAGGAGAGGGGAGCGCAGGUUCAAGUUCAGCAAGGUAAGGAGCCUCCGUGUUACCUGCAGUGCUUCAAAGGAGGGAUGGUCGUCCACUCAGGGAAGAGAGAAGAGGAAGAGGAAAACUCCCAGAAUGACUGGCGUCUGUAUUGUGUGCGUGGGGAGGUAGCAGUGGAGGGCCACCUGCUGGAGGUAGCCUGUCACUGCAGCAGCCUGCGAUCCAGGGUCUCCAUGGUGCUGCUGAGUGUCAGCCAGGCUCUCAUCUACCUGUGGCAUGGCUGCAAGUCUCAGAAUCACACGCGGGAGGUGGCGCUUACCGCAGCCAGCAAGAUCAAAGAACAUUGCCCUCUAGAAGCAGGUCUCCACAGCAGCAGCAAGGUGACCAUUCGGGAAUGUGAUGAGGGAGCAGAGCCCACGGGAUUCUGGGAGGCCCUCGGGAGGAGAGACAGAAAAGCGUAUGACUGCAUGCUGCAAGACCCCGGCAGGUUUAACUUCACGCCUCGUCUCUACCAGCUGAGCAGCAGCUCCGGGGAGUUCACAGCUGUGGAGUUUCUCUAUCCGGCCAGAGAACCCAGGAACGUCAACUCUAUGCCUUUCCUGCAGGAGGACCUGUAUGCAGCUUCCCAACCAGCCCUGUUCCUGGUGGACAACCAUCAUGAGGUGUACUUGUGGCAGGGCUGGUGGCCUCAGGACAGCGAAAGCACCGGCUCCGCUCAGAUCCGCUGGGACUCAGACAGGAAGUGUGCGAUGGAGACAGUGCUGCAGUACUGUAAAGAAAAGAACGACAAAAAGCCUCCCAAAGCGUAUCUGAUCCACGCCGGUCUGGAGCCGCUCACCUUCACCAACAUGUUCCCCAGCUGGGAGCACAGAGAGGACAUCGCUGAGAUCACUGAGAGGGAGGCGGAGGUGUGUAACCAGAUUAUCCUGGUGGAGGACGUGUUAGCCAGGCUGUGUAAGACCACAUACCCUCUGUCAGAUCUGCUGGCCCGGCCGCUGCCCGAAGGCGUCGACCCUCUCCGCCUGGAGGUCUACCUGUCUGAUGAGGACUUUGAGAAAGCCCUGGACAUGACCAGAGAGGAGUACGGAGGUCUGCCCAGCUGGAAGCAGGUGAACUUGAAGAAAGCCAAAGGACUUUUUUAAACGUUUGAAACAGAGAGAUGAACUGAAGACAUCAGGAAAAAGCAACCCGAGCCGUUGUUUUGUCUCCUCUUUUGUUUACGGGUCACAACAGAGGCUCAGGAGCUGCCUCUCCUGAGCUCGACCCUGUGUUGGCGGGUUGAGGAAUGGACGAGAGGAGAUGAGAGGAGAUGAUCAGAGGACGAGAGGUGUGCCAGCUUCUCGUCUCCUCUGCUUCCUGUGUUGGUGUUUGGGUUCUGCACGUAGGAGACACAUGUAGGUGGAUGCACUUCAGAGCGGAUGUGUUAAUAGCGCUUCCUUAAAGUCACUCUAUUAAUGUAUGUACAUAUGUACCAUACCCUGAACAGCCAGUGCCCUUACAUUGUCAUGCAGCCAUCUGUUGGAGUGGAGUGGGGAGCAGGCCUGCUAGCCUGUCUGACACACUCCUCAUAAGACUAUCUGCUAUUCUUGUAUGUAUGUUUGUGCAUUACAAAUAAUUUAUAUUUAUAUCAAAUCCACAUAGGAGUCUUUUUUUUUUUUUUUUAAAGAAAGCUUCCCGAAUAAUCACUGAGCUAAAUAAAUUGUAUAAUUAAUAUUGAGGAAGCUUGUGUCAUAUGUUGUUAAAUAUUACGGAUAUUACGGUAAUCCUCUCUCGCUGUACAGUUCACCGUUUGCCACUUACAAAUCAGAAUGAUGCAGCUUCAUUCGGAUGCCUCUAGUGUCAUUGUUUCAGGUAGAAGAAAGAAUACAGGAGCUAGGCAGCGAUCAUGAAAUGUAUUUGAUUUUUAAAAUCCUCCAGUGUAUAGUGCCUUGCUUUUGUGUACAGUUUAUAUACAGAUCCUAGUCUGCAUUUUGAAGACUUUUUGUGAUAUAAAGAACUAUUAGAGAAAUAAAACUUGCAAGUUGAA